AUGCCCACCUCCAACCCUAUCCAAUCCGGGCCUGGCCCUUUUGCGUUGCUACCAAAAUACCGUCCCGUCUACUCAGACCGUGGACGUCUUGGUUAUAUACCAGACCACCUCCCCGAUCCUUCACGUGCCAGGCGUGGUUUCUUCCAAGGUCGCGGACGCCGUCCUCAUCGCAUCCACAUUGCCCGUGUCGGUCCCGACCCUACCCUUUUGAGACGACAAUCCUCCACCAAGUCGUACAUAGUAGAAAAGCUGGCGGGUCCACGCGACAACGCCAAACGUUUCCUUCGUUCCUUCAUCGAUACCCACCUAAACCCACCAUUACAACCCGACGACGGUUCCACCCCCCGAUCGUCGACGAGCAGCUCCAGAACUUCGACCGUAUCUCCCCCGGAGAGUAGGAGGUGGUCGUGGGCGACAUCAGAUAUGAGAUCCAGUUCAAGAAAUUCCACCAGCGGCCCCAUGGCUCCCGCCCUGGUUACUGCUUCACGCCCCAGCUUGGCCGAAACCAACCGAUCGACGGGUAGAGCUUCAUCAAAAAGUCUCAUGGGCAGUAGUAUCAGGAAUAUGGGAGAGGAGAAACCCUUGGCCUCCGGCAAUGGCAUCAGCGUGGGUGUCUCGCUCACGGAACCCAUCCUGUAUCUGCAGGGGUUUGAACAGUCAGACACUUCUGACCGGAGCACGGCCAUGCUGCGUGGCACUCUGAAUCUUCGUGUCACCAAGUCUGCCAAAGUCAAGGCAAUCACUCUGAAGUUUCGAGGCAAAGCAGUCACCAAGUGGCCCGAAGGCAUUCCGCCCAAGAAGGUUGAAUUCGAAGAGGUGGACUCGAUCAUGAGCCAUACCUGGCCGUUUUUCAACGCCCAGUUCCCCACCGCAGAAGCGGGAACGGGUGCCGAUCAGGUCGAUCUCUUCAAACCUACAACCACGACAUCGAACAAAACAGGCCUUUUCUCCGGUUCACCCAACGCUUCGUCUACCAACCUCAAUGUCAAGGAGGCGAAGCGCCUAUCCCUCGCCGUAAACCAAUCUCGAAGCUUUGGCAAGGGAGAAUCACCUUCAGGCGGUCCCACUAUAGCACAGAAGGGAUACAGGACUUUCAACCCAGGCGAAUACCAGUACAAUUUCGAGCUUCCAAUUGACAGCCACCUUCCAGAAACAAUCGAUGUCGAUCUUGGUUCCGUCAAGUACGAACUCGAGGCUACGAUUGAGCGCGCUGGUGCAUUCCGUGCCAAUCUUGUGGGCACCAAGGAAGUCACACUCAUUCGAGCCCCAUCUGAAGGGUCUCUCGAACAAGUUGAGCCAAUCGCCAUCAGCCGCAGUUGGGAAGACCAGCUACAUUACGACAUUGUCAUCUCUGGAAAAUCGUUUCCACUUGGAGCACAAGUGCCCAUUGCCUUCAAACUCACACCGCUGGCAAAGGUACAAUGUCAUCGCAUCAAAGUGUUUGUUACAGAGAAUGUCGAAUAUUUCUGUUCAAACAAGCGGGUACAUCGCAUGGAACCUGUUCGCAAAGUCCAGCUGUUCGAGAAACGUGCAGACGGACCAGCUACGAGCACAUUUCCUGGAAGCACCAUGAGAAUCGUAUCAGGCGGUGGCGUUCCUUAUGAUCAAAGAGCGGCCGCUGCCAGAGGUGAAGAUGUUGCCUUGAACGACCCUACCAACCUUCUGGGCGAUCUCUCGAAUGGUGAUACGAGUAUCGGGCCUACUGAGAUGGAGUUUAGCGUCCAGCUUCCAAGUUGCCACAGCAUGAGGGAAAAGGAUAAGACCGGGAAACUUCACUUCGACACCACGUACCAGAACAUCCAGGUACAUCAUUGGAUCAAGAUUGUGAUGCGUCUUUCAAAACCCGACAAGGAUGAUCCAUCAAAGAGACGCCACUUUGAAAUCUCCAUCGAUUCCCCAUUCCACAUACUUUCCUGCCAGGCAACUCAGGCAAAUACUGCACUCCCAGCGUAUUCGUCGCCUGAGCCUGCUCCAGCCACAGCGAGGAUGCCAGAGUGUGGUUGUCCGGGAGCACCUACCCGACGAAAUUCGCCUUCCAACUUCGUGCCGACUUUGAGCUCGCUGCGGACCAGAGGUAAUACAGACACCACCCCGCCCAGCCCUGCACUUGCACGACCACAAGCAGCCCACAUUGGAGGUCCGGCCAAUAGUCAGCUACAGCGGCCGAUGCAUCUCCUUCGCGCGCCUUCGUUCAACCCGCCGCCAUUUGAGGAGGAGGAACCGCCACCACCACUAGAAACACCUCCCCCGCUCUACGAAAGCAUUGCCUCACCGACCAGCGGCUUAGCAGAUUACUUUGCCCGACUGUCUGCCUAUGACGAAGAAAACGAUGAUAGUGAUCACGACUCUGCGGAAAACAGCCGUGGUCGAGUCGAGAUACCCCUCACACCAGGGUCACGCAUCAACAGCAGAAGUCUGGAUGAGCGAAGGACCUGGUUGCCGGUUGGCAACUAA